UAGGAAAAUGGCGCUGGUUUCUCCACCAUAUCAACUUUAUCGGAUUUAAUGUCAACAGCAACGCUAUUUUUGGCGAUAAUCGACACCUUCUUGUUAUUCUAAAUACUUUGAAGUUGUGACAUUUUUAUGAAUUCUAAAUGCGGACUUUGUUGAAAAUAGCUAGCAUAGCUAGUUCACUAACGUAACGUACGGUAUUUAAACUUGGACCUUUUUGUGCUCGUGCACAAUCAGAUUGGAUUGAAUACCAGCUAACUUAGCUUGCGGACUAUUUGAUUAUCUAGCCAAAGCUUUUCUAUGUUUGUUUUUUUUACGUAGCGAAAGUGAGCAUCUUUCGCUGAUAAACACUGGCUAAAAUAUGUUGACGGUUUUAUGCUUUGGCAGUUUUACAAUGGUGCUAACCUUUAAUGGGGGAUAGCUAGUCUAGCUAAUGUGUAGGAUGGGACUACAAGCCAUCUCCUUAUAUCGUUGACACUGACAGAAUCCUGGCUUCUGAAAUGCAUCUUUGAUAUUUUUAUUGUCUCAAAUGUUUCUCAGUGACUUGAAUUAUUAUACAUAUUUUUUUAUAUUCUGCAAGACAAUAAAGUGUAUUUUAGUUUAGCUAGGCGGUCUAAAAUGUUUUUGAGUUGGCGCUGUGAUAAUAAGCGCAGCUGAGAUCAAUCUCAACGCUCAGGAUACCAGUAUAACGUUAUAAAUUGAACUAACAGUAACUGAAAUACGUUAGGCUCUUCCACGCAUUGAGAAUGGAGGAUUCACGUCCACGAUAUAGCAAACGACUGCGGUCAGGGACGCGGCGUCGUUACCACGACGACGGGAUCUCGGACGAGGAGAUCGAUGGGAAGAGGACGUUCGACCUGGAGGAGAAGCUGAGCAGCAGCCGCUUCAGCUCAGACAGGGUUAAACGCAUGGAGGGCAAAGACCUGACGUUUGAGUACAUCCAGAGAGGUGGACUGAGGGAUCCCAUCAUCUUUGAGAAGCCUGAUGGUCUGGGAAUCAAGAUGCCUGAUCCAGACUUCAGUGUGAACGAUGUCAAGAUAUAUGUUGGCAGCAGGCGUAUGAUAGACGUGAUGGACGUCAGCACCCAGAAGGGCAUCGAGAUGUCCAUGGCCCAGUGGAGGCGCUACUACGAGACGCCGCCCUCGCAGAGAGACAAGCUGUACAACGUCAUCAGCCUGGAGUUCAGCCACACCAAGCUGGAGAACCUGGUCAAGAGGCCCGCCUCGGUGGACCUGAUCGACUGGGUGGACAACAUGUGGCCCCGUCACCUGAAGGAGAGGCAGAGGGACUCCACCAACUCCAUCACAGACAUGCAGUACCCCAAAGUCCAGAAGUAUUGUCUGAUGAGUGUGCAGGGCUGCUUCACAGACUUCCACAUCGACUUUGGAGGCACCUCGGUCUGGUACCACAUCCUGAGGGGAGGCAAGGUGUUCUGGCUGAUCCCACCCACGCCUCAGAACCUGGAGCUGUAUGAAAACUGGGUGUUGUCAGGGAAACAGGGAGACAUGUUCCUCGGAGACAAGGCCACAGACUGCCAGAGGAUUGAGUUGAAGCAGGGAUACACCUUCAUAAUCCCCUCAGGCUGGAUCCAUGCCGUCUACACCCCAGUAGACACGCUGGUGUUUGGGGGGAACUUCCUCCACAGUUUCAACAUCCCCAUGCAGCUCAACAUCAGCAGCAUCGAGGACCGGACACGGGUACCGUCUAAGUUCCGCUACCCGUUCUACUUUGAGAUGUGCUGGUACGUGUUGGAGAGGUACCUGUUCAGCCUGACCAACACCUCCUACCUCACCCCAGAGUUCCAGAAACACUCCUUGGGCAUCGGGCUGAAGAGGGAGUCCUGCUCCAGCGAGUCGGUGAACGGCCACACCAAGGAGGAAGAGGAGGAUCACGAGGAAGAGGCUGCAGCUCGCCCCAAGCCCGGGGUCAAAGUUCACCUGACGCCGUUUGAGCUGGAAGGGCUGUGGAACCUGCUGGGGAAGCUGGAGUCUCUGCCGGCGCACAAGCAGUGUGUCCCUGCAGGCAUCCACAACGCCCCCGCCCUGCUGCACCACAUCAGGGCCCUGCUGAAGGAACAUGCCAGCGACGUCCCCAAGUUGUCCUACACAGGCACGCCCAUCGUCCAGUGGCCCAAGAGGCCAUCCUGGUACCAGCCCCCACCCCCCCCUCCCCCGGUGGUCCGGCCCAAACUGGCCACCACGCCCGUGACCCCUCGACCCCAGAAGCCCGCCUCCUCCAUGUCGGUGCUGCGCCGUCGGCGCGUCAGGUGUAAGCGGUGCGAGGCCUGUGUGAGGACCGAGUGUGGAGACUGCAACUUCUGCCGAGACAUGAAGAAGUUUGGAGGACCAGGGAAGCUGAAGCAGACCUGCGUACUGAGACAGUGUCUGGCUCCUGGCCUGCCCCUGUCUGCAGUGUGUGAGGUGUGUGGAGAAGGGAACCAGGAGGAGCGAGGCAGACCCGUCUUCUCUCUCACUCUCAUGGAGUGUUCCAACUGUGCCCAGAUAGCCCACCCCGGCUGCAUCACGAUCUCAGGAGAAGGGGUGGUGAACAAGGACCUGCCGAGCUGCUGGGAGUGUCCCAAGUGUGUGCAGGGAAUCACAGACGUGGAGUCGUCGGGCAGUGAUGAUGACAGUGGUGGGUCUCCGGGUGCGGAUCCCCUCCCCCCCCAGACUCUGUCCCAGGGGCCCUCGCUGGGGCCGGGGCUGGGCCUGAGACUGGGGUUGGGGUUGGGGCUGGGGGCCGCCUCAGGCCUGGGGCUGGUGGUGGCGCCCCCCGGCUGCCAGGGGCUGCUACUGCGGGCCUCCAUGACGCCUCACAGCAAGAGGGUUAAAGGAGAGAAGAGCAAACUGCUGCCUGCGAAGCGGAAGUCGUCCACCCUCCUGGAUGCUCGCAUCGCCAAGAUCUACCGGCGCCACCGCCACAGCCGGGAGGACGACGACUCGGCCAGCGACGAUGACGACGAUGAGGACGGGGGCGAGGGCCACCGCAGGAAGAUGGCCGUCCACCCCCGAGGAGGGGGCGGGGCCUCCCGGCGGGGCUACGGUGCCAGUCGGCGGGGCUUGUGGCGCGGAGGCUCCUCCCACCGCGGGUCCAGAGGAGGCGGAGUCGCCCCUAACCCCGGCCUGAAGAUGAGGAGGGGCCUGGGGGGGCGGGGCGAGGGGAGGCGGGGGCGGGGGGUGAGGCUACGGGGCGGGGCCAGGAUGCAGAGGCGCAGGGACGAGUCGGAGGAGUCGGACGAUGACGACGACGAUGAUGAUGACGACGACGAUGAUGACGAUGACGACGACAGCGAGGAGGACCACCGCCACGCCGCGGUGCGGCUGGACAAAGACCACCGGCAUCGCCGCCGGCGACGGAGACGGACGGACGACGAGGAUGACGACGACGACGAGGAUGAGGACGACAGCGAGGGGCGGGACUUUGAAGGCGAGGACGAGGAGGAGCUGGAGGGCCUGGAGGACGAGGAGGAGGAGGAGGAGGACGAGGAGGGCCGCUGGGACUCUGAGCCGGAGCCGCCCGUGCUGCUGGUGUCCGACCUGAACGACGACCUCCUGAGCGGGUCCUACCUGACCGUCACCCUGCAGCGGCCCCCGAGGGCCAAGCGAAGCUCCGCCUCCAUCCUGCCCAAGCUGGAGGCCGCCAUGGCGACCAGGACGCCGCCGGGCUUUGUCCAGCGCAAAACGCUCCACAAGACCCGCCACAAGAACGGGGCGCUGGUCGCCCCCGGCAACGGCCUGGCCCCGCCCCGGGGGGUGGGCCGGCCCCCGCGUCACCGCGGGAACCCACACAGCGACGGGGAGCGGGACACGGCCUCGCCCUCCUCCUCGUCCUCCCACUCCUCCGCCUCGCCCACCCCUCCCCACGCCUCCUCCUCCCUCUCUCCUCCCUCCCUCCUGUCGCUGCCCUCCUUCAAGGACGUGGGGAACGAGGGAGGGGGGGAGAAGGAGGUGUGGGUCUCUGUGUUCCGCUACCUGGACCGCCGGGAGCUGUCGGCCUGUAUGACCGUCUGCAAGGCCUGGUACAAGUGGAGUUGUGACAAGCGUCUAUGGAGUCACCUUGACGUGAGUCGCUGCCGACCACUGACGGACCAGGCGGUGGCGGGCAUCAUCAAGCGCCAGCCCGUCUCCCUGGACCUGUCCUGGACACCGCUGUCCAAGAAGCAGCUCGGCCGCAUCGUGCACCGCCUGCCCGGUCUGAGGGAGCUGCUGCUGGCUGGCUGCUCCUGGUGGAGUCUGGCGGCCCUGGUGACCCCCAGCCUGCCCUGCCUGAGGCUGCUGGACCUGCGCUGGGCCGAGGGGGUCAAGGACGCCCAGAUACGAGACCUGCUCACGCCACCUGGUUCUGAGUCCCGUAGUCGUCUGCGGGGCAUGGUGGAGCUGCGCGUGUCGGGGCUGGAGAUCGGCGACGCCACGCUGCGCCUGCUGCUCCGCCACAUGCCCCAGCUGGAGCGCCUGGACCUGGCGCACUGCCGGGACAUCAGCGACCAGUCCAUCUGCCUGCUCACCUCCGCAGGCUCGCACACGCGCAACACGCUCACGCACAUCACCCUCACCGGGUGCACCAGGCUGACGGACGUGUGCGUGUCGUACCUGAAGCGUGCGUGCGGCCUGACGCUGCUGGACCUGAGGGGUUGCCACGGCGUCAGCCGCAGGGCCUGCGAUGCCUUCAUCUCAGACCUGGCCCACAGCGCCCUCUACUGCAUGACCGAGGACAAGCUCAUCCAGAAGAUCUCCUAGAGGAGAGAGAGAGGCGACUGCACCCCCCCCCCCCCCCCCCCCCCCCCCAAGCCCUUGUCUUGUCUUCUGACCUUUGGAGGCCGGCGAGAGGCCCAGAGAGAGGAGGGGGGGACAACACGAGUUUGAGCAACUCCUCUCUUCUCCAUCUGAAACAGAAAGCAAAUCAGCUUUCAACUGGGACACGACAAGAAAGGAGCAGCCAGGAGGACAUCCACCCUGCUGAGAAUAAACUGAGUGAGACCGGAAGGAUGGAUGGAUGGUAAAAUCGAACGGGAAGGGGCGGGGGGGUUCCUAGAGCAGGAAGGGGCGGGGGGGUUCCUAGAGCAGGAAGGG